AUGAUCGUUCUGUUUGAUUUCGCCCAUUUGAAGAUGCACCUACCGAACUGUGUUCUGAUGUCAGUAUUACUGAUGAUCGCUGAUGGGUUGACUGUGCACGGUCCCUCUGGUCCUCUGGUUGCUCCUCUGGGAUCCUCCGUGGUUUUGCCCUGUUCUGUUGAUGAACUUUUAUCAGUGGAGGAUCUGGAGGUGGAAUGGAGAAGAACAGACUCAGAGACUCUGGUUCAUCUGUAUCAGGACGGUGAGAGUCGAGCAGAAGCCCAGCAGCAGGAUUAUCAGGAUAGAGCUCAUUUCUUCACUGAUCAGAUUCAACGUGGAAACUUCUCCCUCCGGCUGGACGAUCUGAGAGCUGAAGAUGAGGGACAGUAUAAAUGUAAAGUUCACAGUCAGCAGGAUUCUGGUGAGACUGUGGUUCAAAUAAAAGUUAAUGCUGAGCGUUUGCUAGUAUCAGGAUCGAGUCGCUCCAUAUCUGCGUCUGUGGGUGAAGACGUCACUCUGAACUGCUCUGUAGACUCUCACAUCCCACCCGAAGACUUUGAGGAGGUUUCAUGGAAGAAAAUAGAUGAAGAUAUUCAGGUUCUGCUCUACCAAAACAAUGAGGCACAUUCAUCAAAUGAGCGAUACAUAGACAGAGUUGAGCUCUUCACUGCUGAAAUCCCCAAAGGAAACUUCUCUCUCAGACUGAAGAGCGUCAGAACUGAGGAUAAAGGAGUUUACAUGUGUGAGGUGUUUGCUGGAGGACUUUCAGCCAAUGCAACUGUAGUACUGGAGAAACUGGGUUUCUCUGUUUCACACAUACUGAUGUUGAUUCUCUGUAUUGCUGCAUCUGGAUCUGCACUUCUGCUCUGCUGUCUGAUCUACUGCAGAUCACAAUUUAUCACAGACCCCGUUGCACCCAAACGUGUCAGGACUAUUGGGGUUCUUCAUGCAUUUCUUCCAAAUAUUAUGAUGUUUAUGGCUUUUGUCCUCUGGGGUGUUACAGAAGGAUUUCUGUACGAGACAAUCUCUUGCUGUGCUCUGUAUAUCCAGAGGCCUCUGAUGUUGAUGUACGUAGCACCAUAUUUAGAGCACAUGCCAGAUUUAGCACUUCAGUCUGAAUAUUUCCUUGUAACAGUGGUUUAUUCUUCAGUUCUUUUCAGUCAUGCUUGGGAAAAAAUGGUGCAUUAUGGAGACUUUGAUAGAUUCAUGAUACUCAUUACAACUGGAGUCCUGAUUUUGCUUUGUGUCAUCUACAUCAUUUACUUAUUGACUGGAAAGGAGAUGUCAUGCCGUGGACCGAUAUCAGAAUGUAUAUGGGGUAUAUUAACAUCUGUAGCUGCAUUCAUCUUUUACAUUCUGCCUUCAUUACACGUCACCCUCCUGUAUGUUGCUUUUGGAGCUGCCAGAGGAGGUUAG